GAUCAACCUCUAGAUCUGGGCAUCUGUACUUUCUCAACCUUCUUUUACGUCCCUUCAACUUUUAUUGCGAAAAUCCACGUUCCUGAUUUGGCCAGUCAUAGUCACCUCGCUGUGCUGACGGCAUUGUGCCUGCGUCCGCUUCCCUCUUUGGCUUCGGCAACAUGAGUUAUGGAUGGAUCUCGUCCUUGAUCACCCUCACGGUGGCAUUUAUUGCCUUCAAAUUCGGUCUCACACGUUUUGAUCGUAUGCUACGAGACCAUGCAGGUCGGCUUGUCCACCUGACGUGCUUUUACUGCGGUGAAACGUCGACACUCCCCGGGCCGAAAGCUCGCGGGAAACCCAUUAUACCUCCCGACUCGCCCCCAAGCUUACGCAGAGACCCAGGCAAGAUGAUACCUUUGUUUGAUAGAGAUGGAAAUGUUGAAAAGUGGUUCUGCCGAUUAUGCGAUUGCUGGAAUAUCUACGAUAAGAAUGGGGAUAUCGCUUCUGCACUGCCAGAAAUGCGGGACGAAAGCUUCAAUUCUCGCACGGGAACCGUGGAAGCGGCGCAAUGGCAAAGAAAUGCCAUAAAAUCAGAUUCCAUUUUCUGUCCUGACUGCAGCAGACGGCAGACAAUGAUCAUUAAUACUUUAUCUAACUAUCUCCCGGAGGACGACGAUCCGGAAUAUCAAGCCAAACUUGCCAACUAUGCUGAAUACAAGCAAUGGCUGGACCGGAGAUAUCCGAUGGUUUGUGCUCUCUGUCGCGGGCGCGUAGAUAAUGAACUGGUGAAGCUGGAGAACCGCCAUAGACAGACGUUUGGUGCAUAUAUGAAGAAUAAAACCACCGCAGCUGUCGAUCGGCGAAGGAAAACGCAUCUUACGGUUCGGAAUGUUUUACGGUCUGCAGCACUCCGAUCAGCGAUUCUCAUCACGAAUGCAGUCGGCGUCACGUUUAUGAUAAGUGUAGCCGCUAUUGGAUGGUUCUCUCUGGCAUCUUGGGCACGACUCUUCUAUGAGGGCUCCGCUGAAGGAUUGAAUGGCUUUCUGCGUCCAUACGAAGUCUUUCGUAUGCAGCAUCAGUACGGAAAUGCAUUCACGAAGUCCUACGAUGAUUGGCGAAUUUCCAAUCUUCUUCAAGACGCAUUUCCUUCUUCCAUUCGAAAAUGCGUUUAUUCAAGUGAUAAUUUUGGGGAAUUGUGCUUCAACGCCUUCGCAAGUAGCAGAUACCGCCUGGUCGCGGAGACUGCUAUAUUCUGCUUUAUAUUUGCAGAAUUCGACGCGUACCUGAAGAGAAGUCGGAAGACUAUAUUGAAGGUGCAACAAAAAUGGAUUAACGGAAAGGGUUUGAUGUGCUGUCUACUUGUUCUCUUUGCGAAUUGGUUGUUGGAAGUUGCGCACACAUAUCUUCGUGAGGAAUGGUAUCCAACGAUAUCAGGAGCUUACAUGUGGUUGAGUGUUUUCGCAGUAUGGCGGUCGCUCAAAGUGGUCUACCGUUUCCUACAUCCUCGGGAACGUUUGCGUCGCAAAAUGCUUUGCCGAGCCGAUACCCCGGUGGCCGCUGAAAAAGAUCGUCGUUACUACGCACCGAACCUUUUCAAUCACCAAAGCUUGAAACAAGACCCGCAACAUGAACCCAGCUCCUUCCAACGGUCGGAUUCGGGACUUGACGUAUCGGAAGACAGCUAUCGAAUUGCUUUUAUAAGCCCUACAGCGGGCAAUGGUGGAAAUAACAAGAUCGGGUUAAAUGAUGAUCGCCGCUCAGGGAAAUUCGAAAAUCCUGAAGAUGAGAUCCUGGCGGGUCUAUCAGGACUCGGACUGGGAACAGCCAGACAGGGUUUUACGCAGCGGCCAAGCGGGGAAAUUGGAAGACCUACUUUAUCCCAGCAACGGUCAGGGACACGAGCAAUGCCUCUUUCCAGGACGCUAGGUAAAGGCGAUUCGGGUAGAGAAAUUUUCUCGUCGUACGUAGGCCCGUCCAAUAUUUUGAAAUCGAGGAAUGGGGGCUGGGGCGAAUUGGGCGCCUUUGGUCGCGGUGCGCCUAGUAAUCCAUUUGUCGAUGCGAGAAAGAAUACGUUCGAGACACCGCCUGCUUUUCUUAACGAGCGGACGUGGCCUAUCAAACACGGAAUGGUCGCAACUACAACAGAUGGCGGGUUAGGAUUCGGCGGUGGACUGUAUGGAAAGCAAACGGAUUCGUUUGGCACAACUGCUCAUGGUACAUUGUAUCUGGAUAGUCAGCGUAGAGGCUGUGGGCUUGAUUCUCUUGCUGGGAGGGGCUCAAAGCUGCCCUAUAACCAUUACGAGCAGGGGAAUGCGGGGCGCACACCAGCCUUUGGCACAUUUCACAUCACAUCAACACCCGCGGCGUCGAUGAAGGCGACAAAUAUCGACGAAGAAAGGAUGGCGUCAGCGAUCAGGCCGCAAACGUUCUUCCCUCUCCAGCAAACCACUGGUUUGGAGGACCUUUUCGAAAAUUCUGUCCGCCUUCAAGAUGAGAACAUCGUCAUGCACACGCUGAAGACCUUGCUAAGUCAUAAACUACAUGGCCAUGAGAGGAUUGCUCAACGAUACUUGCAAUUGGCUGCUCCUGUCGGAUUAUUUGCAUCAUGGAUGGUCUGGAGUAAUGUUUUGUAUUUGCCAUUGUUGGCAAUGUGUUUGUAUCAUCUUGCGGUAUCCGAGUGGGAUAUCGGACAUAAGAAGCGGAAUACCGGCGGAUUUGGUGCAAUGCGGGGCGCGCACAGCCCACCACCUACCAGCGAGCGACAAGGGCGACGCACUGUAGCGAUCAUUGUGCUUAUGCGGAUUGCUCUGGCAUUUUUAUUGCAGAACAUUACGGAACACUUAUAUCGUCAUGGGAGACGCGAACCUCUUGUGAUCAUAUAUGACACUUCGAAUUCAUUACACCGACACGAGAUUCAGGCCGCCGUAUCCGAUUCUCCGAGCGCCUUACUAGCAACUAUGGACGUCAUCAUUGCUCUUACCGCUUUUAUGUUCUGGAAAUCCCGGGAAACCCGUCCUUUUGCUACUGCGUGAACCUUUGAAUAGGAAUGCGGCGAAAUCAGGAGGAUAUUAUGAUGAAUGGAACUACACUGUUCAGAUUUUAUUAGUUGCGCUUGCAGGACCUUGUACAGAUAUAAGUCACUGAUAUAACUCGGUGAUGUGGGAAAACCAUGUACAAUUUUGUAAUAUAUUAUUUACAGACUUUGGAUGUCAUUGCGUCCAUCAUCAC